CACGUCGCUUGACCCUGACCCUGCGCCGAUUCCGACCCCUCCCUCCGUACCCCUUUGUUGGCAGAGCGGGGCACGUCGUCGCCCUCCUCUCCAGAUCGUGAAGAUGGUGGACACAGAAGCGAAUGUACCGACAUGGAAGUUCACCCAAUGCUUCGGUGACAAGGGGGAUGUUGAGGAUAUCACAGAAGCGGAUAUCAUCUCCACCGUGGAAUUUGACCAUACGGGCAAUUAUCUGGCGACGGGUGAUAAGGGUGGGCGUGUUGUUCUGUUCGAGCGCAACGAGACAAAAAAGACAUGUGAAUACAAAUUCCACACGGAGUUCCAGUCGCACGAGCCCGAGUUCGACUAUCUCAAGUCGCUGGAGAUAGAGGAGAAGAUCAACAAGAUCAAGUGGUGCCGGCGGCAAAACGCAUCCCAUUACCUUCUUUCAACAAAUGACAAAACGAUCAAGCUGUGGAAAGUGUUUGAGAAAUCCCUCAAGGUCGUUGCUGAGAACAACCUGUCCCAUGACCUGACCCCGGCCAACAUUGUUGGCGGGGGUGGAGCGCCGCGCCCAAUGCCCAACAUUCACUUCCGCAGCGCCAGCGACUUGAAGCUACCCCGGCUCACUCACCACGACACCGUCGUUGCCGCUGUUCCUAGGCGGACGUAUGCCAAUGCCCACGCCUACCACAUCAACAGCAUCUCAGUGAACAGUGACGGAGAGACCUUCAUCAGCAGUGAUGACUUGCGUAUCAACCUGUGGAACCUCAACAUUCAGGACCAGAGCUUCAACAUUGUGGAUAUCAAACCUGCGAACAUGGAAGAGCUGACGGAAGUGAUAACUGCGGCCGAAUUUCACCCACUAAGCUGCAACUGGUUCAUGUAUGCCAGCUCCAAGGGUACCAUCAAGCUGGCUGAUAUGCGGGAGAGCGCCCUGUGCGAUCAACAUGCCAAGCUGUUUGAGCAGGAAGAGGACCCCUCGUCGAGAUCUUUCUUCUCCGAGAUUAUCUCAUCCAUCUCAGAUGUCCGAUUUUCGUACGACGGCAGAUACAUCCUUUCGCGCGACUACCUGACAGUCAAGAUCUGGGACGUCAACAUGGAAAGGCAACCGAUCAAGACGAUCCCAAUCCACGAGCACCUCAGGCCGAGACUAUGCGACACGUACGAGAACGACAGCAUCUUUGACAAGUUUGAGGUUGUCUUCUCCGGAGAUGGCAGAAAUGUCAUGACGGGGAGCUACAACAAUAACUUUAUGAUCUAUCCGUCGGACCCGGAGAAGGAGGUUGAGGUGGUGCUCCAGGCGGACAAGUCGGCAUUCAAGGCAAAGAAAGUGGGCGUGCCGACACCGAUAAACUCGUCAACGAGCCCGACAGCAAAUGGCAAGAAGGGUGGCUCGCGGGCAGGGAGCCCAGCGGCGCCGGGCCAGGCCCAGAGAAUGCGCAAGGAGACGGACGCAGACCAGAUUGACUUCAACAAAAAAAUUCUGCACAUGAGUUGGCACCCGUUCGAAGACAGCAUUGCGAUCGCGGCAACGAAUAAUCUCUUCGUCUUCUCAGCCUUGUAGGGACAAGAAAAUUAG